CCAAAACCUUCGCAACAAAACAUGAACUUUAUUUAAAGCAAAAAAGAGGAACGACAUUCAGUACGAUACAGAUAAACGGCUGUACAAUAUAUACUGUAUAUUCAAUACAUUAAACGCACAGACAGUGUAUGUUCAAGAUAUAUUAGGCGCUCAUUAAAGCGGAUCCAAUGCCUGCCAGAAAAGGACUGUUAGCCCCGCAAAACACUUUCUUGGAUACCAUCGCCACUCGAUUUGAUGGCACUCACAGCAACUUUGUGUUGGGCAACGCACAGGUGCCGAACAACCUGUUCCCCAUCGUCUACUGUUCCGAUGGCUUCUGUGAGCUCACGGGCUUCGCGAGGGCACAGAUCAUGCAGAAGGGGUGCGCCUGUAGUUUCCUCUUCGGCGCCGACACUCUCCCGGAGCUCAAGAAGCAAAUAGAGGAGUCGUUGGCCAGCAAAACGGAGCUCAAAAUUGAAGUCAUUUUCUACAAACGAAACGGCAGUCCCUUCUGGUGUCUGCUGGACAUCGUUCCCAUCAAGAAUGAGAAGCACGAAGUCGUCCUAUUCCUGGCCUCCCAUAAGGACAUCACGCGCACCAAAAUGGCCGAAAUGGAGGACCAAAUCAAAUACAAUUACGACGUCGAGGAGUGCGACGGCAUGGACGCCAACAGCCCGUCCGAAGAGGACGGAUGCCUUCCCGCCAAUAACUAUCAGCGCCGGAGGAGUCGCGCCGUUCUCUACCAACUGUCCGGACACUACCGGCGCAGUGUAACCGUUAAAUCAAAACUCAAAUUAAAUAAUAAUAUACUACACUCGACGGCAUUGCCUGAGUAUAAAACGGCUGCAUUCAAGAAGUCACGACUCGUUCUCUCGCAUUACGGCAUAUUUAAGACGUGCUGGGAUUGGCUCAUACUUAUCGCCACUUUCUAUGUGGCGAUUGUCGUCCCCUAUAGCGCCGCCUUCAGACACCCCAACACCGACGAGAGGCCCGACAAAUAUAAAACAAUCAUCACUGACAUUGGCGUCGAAAUUGUCUUUUUAUUGGACAUAAUAAUGAACUUUCGGACCACAUUUGUUAAUAAAAAGGGCGAAGUGGUCGCCAAAUCCAAGUCAAUAGCUAAGCACUAUCUGCGCGGUUGGUUUCUGGUGGAUCUCUUGGCUGCCCUCCCCUUUGAUCUGCUAUACGCCGCCAACCUUUACAGCCGAAUUACGCCAUUAAUACAUUUACUAAAAUUGACGCGAUUAUUGCGAUUGGCCCGGCUAUUGCAGAAAAUGGAUCGAUAUUCUCAGUUCAGUACACAUAUU